AUGGGAUCACGGGGGGCGAACACGGCGCACCCGCGCACGGCGUUGGAGGACUUCACCGUUGCGCCCGCGUGGUAUCCCUUCCCUUCCACCGUGGCAUACCGUCGGCACGAGGCCGGGUGGCUCGCCGGCACUUUCCGGCCCAACGCGUCCGGCGUUCCCGACAUACAUCGCAUGUGGCAGAUCAACGAGCGUUGUCGCCUCGCCAUCUACCGCAGCUGCGACGAGGUCGAGCCCGGGAUGCUCGCCCUCCUCACCGACCUCUUCCAGAAGCCUUCCAUCCCCGCGGGGGUCCUGCUGCCUUCUCCCGACCUCGGCGGCGACGACGGCGGUGUCCGCCCGGAUGUGCUGCGCUGGCUCGACGACCAGCCCCCAAAGUCUGUCAUCUACGUAGCGCUCGGGAGUGAGGCGCCAGUGACGCUAAAGAACCUGCACGAGCUCGCGCUCGGGCUUGAGCUCGCCGGCGUGCGCUUCCUGUGGGCUCUCCGGUCGCCCGGCGGCACAUCCGACUCCCGCACCGGUGCGGACGACCGCGGAGUGCUGCCGGACGGGUUCGAGGAAAGGACGCGUGGCCGCGGCAUGGUCGAGACUGGGUGGGUGCCGCAGGUGAAGGCGCUCGCGCAUGGCGCGGUGGCCGCUUUCCUGACGCACUGCGGUUGGGGCUCCACCGUGGAGAGCUUCGCGUUUGGGCACCCGCUGGUGAUGCUCCCGUUCGUCGUCGACCAGCCGCUCGUCGCGCGGACCAUGGCGGAGAAGGGCGUCGGCGUGGAGGUGGCGAGGGACGAGACCGACGGCUCGUUCGACAGGGACGGCGUCGCCGCGGCGGUGCGGCGCGUCAUGGUGGACGACGAGGGGAAGGUGCUCGCGAGCAACGCCAAGAAGCUGCAGGAGGUUCUCGCCGAUCAGGAGCGGCAGGAACGGUACAUCGACGACGUUGUCGAGCACCUGAUACGUUACAACAUUGUGUGCUGUGAAAUUAAUUGA